CUCAUCUUUUAUCUCAUUAAAAUAUCUUUAUAGCUAGCUAAUAGUUUGCUAUUGUACCUGCUCUUAGAUUGGCUAUAGAUGAUUUAGAGCUAGUAGUUGGCUAUACUAUUAAACUUGCUCUAAAAAAGAGAUACCGCGAAUGAGCCGCCAAAUGGCAUAACGAACCGAUGGUGGCGCGCAGUUCUCCACGCCAUCGUCCUUCUCAGUCUCCAUCCGUGACGACCCAUCUCCACCCUCCGCUUCACUCCCCCUUCCGCCCGCCCUUCUCAUAUGCCCUAUACACCUGUCGGAGGUCCGCCACAACCACAAGCGCCUCCACCGUGGCCUCCCUCUGCGACGCCUCCGAUGAAGCAAGAUCCUAAACACGUUCAUAUGAACCUAGGCCCCGACACCACCGUAAUCACAAAAGGAUGGGGCACUGGCGCCACCGCAGCCUCCGCUCUACCAACUGUUGUUACGUCUGCAGCUUGAACUUAGCAGCGGCGAUGCCCGAUUCAGUGGAUUGGCAGUGCCUCUCCUGGUCAAUCUCCUUCCGCUCCAUGGCCAACUUUUGCUUCUUCGUUGGCGCCUCCACGGCCGAGGCCGGCUUGGCUGCGGCCUCUUUCUGCAAGGAAGGUUGUCGGCGAGAGUGGUGGGCGGCCUCUUCUUUCCGGCCAUCGAUGCGCCCCACCAAUCUCAGCUUAGCUCGAGGUGGCGAAGGCUGUGAGUAGAAGAGUUUAUGCUGAUGCGAGAAGACGGCGAAGCAUGGAGCACAGCCGGCUCCGCCGCCACCGUAGGCCCCGACAGCGACGCAUCUAGAAGGGGAGGGAGAAGAAGGGGGAGGGUCCCCGAUAGUGGCUCCGAAGUGGCCGCGCUGCGGCCGCACCGGCCACAAUGUCGCCAGAGAAGGAGGCAGCGUUAAUGCGGCCGCCAUGCCGGGGAAGCGACGGCAACAUCACCAGCCACCAUCCCCUGUCUUCCCUCCUCCUUCCUUCCUUCGUGGCCGGUGGGCGGGGUGGGGGACAACAAGGGGGGAGGGAGCGCCGGUGCCUGUGCGGCGUGGGGAACAACGACACUCGUGGCCUGCUUCGCCACCGCCGCCGACCCUGUUGCCGACAGGCACAGGGGGAGGGAAUGAUGGCGCGGAGAAGGAACAAGGAGGGAGGUGGCAAUACCCACCGCACACAAAGUUACAUGCGGUAAGCAUGCAGGGCGGGAGCUGUCAAAUAUACAAACAACUGCAUGCAAAGCAAUGUAUAGCUAAGAAGAGAACAUCCAAAUAAAAACAAACAAAAAAACAGAGCACAUGCGGCAACUGCCAGGAAACUGGAAAAAAAAGUUCCCCAGUCGAGGAGCUCCCACCUUGGGCAAAAACGGAGAGGAGCAGAACCAUGAUAGGGUUUGCAGACAGCUGACCGGGCAAAAAUGGAUUCUGGAGUGACAUGGAUUCUUGAUGGUAAUUGUGACAACUGCUUGAAAAGUAAUAAAGGAAGUGAAAUUUAGAUGAAUUUUGCCAGUUUUUUUCUCUCAACGUAGCCCAUUUAUCGAUUCAAACUAGUAGCUUAGUCAAUAACCGUGAUAAGUACCCGUUGGUUUUGCGAACCCCGGAUUCCACUGCUUUGACAUCUCCUAGGCGAAGCAAUGCGGCACGGCGCAGCGUAGCGAUGGAGGUGGGCGGUGGCGACCCUAGUUAGCGUCACAAUGCGGUAGAGAUGGAGGCAAGCAACGGUGGGGCUUCGUUUCCUCUCCCCUUCCUGUUCCCCUACCUCGUCAUUCGGGUCAGCCCAAUGCCGUGUUGGUGGUGGACGGUGCAGCGUCCCCAGCUGGCAGGGUGAGAUGGCGGAGAUGGAGGCGGGUAGCUGCUGGGCAAUGGUGCGGAGGGCUUCCUCUCCCUCCUCCCUCCCACUCGCUUCCUCCUAUCUCACAGGGCGAGGCGAGGAGUAACUACAUUGGAGGUGGACGGCGGCGUUGGCCUUGGCUGGUGGGGGUCAUGGUAGAAAUGGAGGCAGCUAGUGGCAAUGGUGUCGACAAUGGAGAUGAGAGGCACGGUGGGGCCAGAGCUCGGUGUUGAUGGGGGCGUUCUGAGAGGUGGAUGGGUUGGCAUGGUGGCGCACUAGUGGUGUGUGCAGUAGUGGUGAUAGGGCCUAGGUGGCGAUGGUGAUGUUUGUGGUGGUGUUGGUAGAGGUGGUGGUUGGUUUGCUCAGUGGUGGUGAUGGUGGCUAAUCAGCUCAGUGACAAACUAGGGGCGAAGCCGAGCGCCAUUGGCAGCACCAAGGGUGGUGGUAGAGGUCAGCGACUAAAACGGCAUGGCGGCGGUGGCGGCAGCAGCACCAAGAGUGGUGGCAAACAUCAGUGACAAAGACGGUGUGGUGGUGGUGGUUCCACGAUGAGAUAGGCUGUGAUGGUAGCUCAUUAAAGAUUAUGGUUUGUGACGAUGAUUCGUGUUGUGGCGGUGGCUCUCUGGUGAGAUAAGAUGCAGUAAGCUUGGUGGAGAUCAUGGUUUGCGGCAAGGAUGGUGUGGUGGUGGCAAUUCUUCGGUGAGAGAAGCUUCGGCGGCUUGACAGAGGUGAGGUUCUACGGCGGUCAUGAAGGGGCAGCAUGAUCGCUUUCGCGCGAUGUGGCGACGAUUUUCAGAGAGAUAAGCUAUGGCGGCUUAGCGGAGGCGGUGCUUUGCAACGAUGAUGGGUGAUGGACACAUUCACGCCAAGGAGGCAUAGAUUGUUCGCCAGAUAUGAAAUUGACGCUUGGUGACAUGAGACGGUUGGAUAGACUAGCUUAGUCCCCUUCCUCCGCUGAUGGUAGAGCGAAGGAGUUUUUACGGUUGCUGCAACUUCAACGAGAUGGCGUGGUGGCGAAAAGGCGGGUUAGCUUUGCAUCCCCCAAUGUUUGAAAUGUUGAGGAAAAACUUGAAGCAAUCUUCUAGUCUUUUCUUUUUGGUUGAUUGUUUUUGUGUGUACCUUGGUUAUGAGAUGUGCAUCGUAUACACUCGUGCAAUAUUUGGCAGUGUACAUCUAUUUAUGGAUAUAGAGAUCAGAUUUCUAUCCAUUAUCUUAAAAAAAAAUGAGACCUCCAUAUUUAUCCUAAGCUUAUCCUAGUUUAAUUUGAAUCUUAUCCUAGCUUUUUCACUUAAAUUCUUGUAUGAAAAACCAUUAGUGCCUCACUACGCAAUGUCCGGGGUGCACCGCCAAUCUGCCAUGCCGCUAUGUACGAUGUCCAGCGGCGUAUCAUCGUCCUACCGAUCACUGCCGCGGUUGCCCGCAGACGACGCCUAGAGUGGAUCGACUCGGGGCCGGCGACGCGGGUCGAUCUCUCGGGAGGCGGGACGGGGGCCAAUGAGCUCGGAGGCGACGUCCUCAACGGCGGAUCGAGCGACGAUGAAGGCGAUAGGGCCAUUAGUUUCUCUACUGGAAUAAGUUCAUUUUUGGUCCCUUAACUUGAAAGCGAGUUCGAUUUUCGUUCUCGAACAGAAAUACCAGAUACAACGGGUCCCUCAACUGUUAAAACCGGUGCAACGGGUCUCUCAACGGGUCCCAUGGCAGUAUAGCAAGGUGGUUUUAUCCGACGUGGCACUUUGAUUUGACCUGUGUCAACAACACUUAGUCAGCAUGGACUCGCACAUCAGCACCUCUUCACCUAUUUCUCUCUUUCUUCCCAGUUCCCGUCUCAGCGUGGGGAGAGCAGUGAGAAGCCGGCGGUGGGCAAUGAUGAGGAUGGCGGCCGACUGCUCGUGACGAGGACGAGCCGACGAGAACUGGGCGGUUUUGACGGAGGGCACCUCGGGCGCCGCCUCGAGAAUUGCCCACUGGAGCGUCGGUUUCCUCGCUAGGCUGGUCGCCCUCUGCCAGGGCGCCAUGGCCUGCCGUGCCGGAAUCUCUGCGCCGCACUGCAGAUCUUGAUCACCAUGCUGCAGUCCGUCACAGCUGAGGCGUCGGUCGUUGAACCAGGACCCACCGAAGCCUGCUCGUCUCACCGGCUCCAUCUCUUAUAGUAAAAAACAAACUGAAAAACGACUAAGCGACAUGACCGGUUCUGAAACAACCAAGCCGUAAUGCAUGCCAGAACCUCGACAACCACGCCCUCUUCGCGCAGUCGCGCGCUCCGUGUCGGCCUCGCCGAACUGGGAGUAGCAGGGCGCCGCACGAGCUGGUGGGCAUCGAGGACUCCACACACGCGCAUCGCUCGUGAAGGUGGCGCCACCCAGCGCCGCCGUACGUCACGGUGUACAGGCUUGCGGUGCCGAGCCGACGGCACCUGCGGAGACGGUGAGCGCCGUGGAGGCGUCGCCUUUGCCCCCCGCCGGAGCCGGUCGACCCCGCCGCCGGCCUUCUCCUCUCUGCUCGCCGCUUAGGGUGAUGAUAACAGCCGAACGGGAAGGAAGAGAGAGAUAGGUGGAUAGAAAGGUAAAGAGGUGGCCCACUGGCUUUUGGGCCAACUGAUGGGCCCGUGGGCCGUGGAAGGAUGCAAAAUACUAGGGCAACACUUGUUUUAUCUUGGUGGGGGUGGAUUAGCGUGAGCUAGUAAUACGUUCUGCCGCCGGCAACCACGCCACCACCGCCGCCGCCGGCAACUCCCGUCGUCCCGUCUCAACUUCCCCCACGCCACCGCCGCCGCAUCUCCUCAUUCUUCCCGCCGCAGCUGCGAUGAUGAUGAAUCCAGUGGCCGGUGAUGCGGCUAUCGGCCGGCAGUAGGGGCCGCCGGGGCUGACCGGCUUGGGAUGCAGGAACGGCGCGCAUGGCUGCAGGUUCGAGUCAGAAUAAUUUUCUUAUUAGAGUUGGAAAUAGAAUCCGUGUCUUCUUAGUCCUGUAGUGGUGGGUGUCGGAAUCGGCCCCGCCCCCUCUAUAUGAUCCGGAGCCUUGCUCCUCAAUAAUCCUCCCUUAAGGAGGGCAAUAAGGAAGCUGGAGAAUUCGGAUUUUUUAUCAGUAAAGAGGGGAUCGAUGGAGCAGGUUUCUUCUUCUUCUGUUACCGGUGAAUUACUGGAGCAGGAAGCUCCACCUUCGACCCCCGGUCUCGAUUGGUCCCAGCUUCCCGCGGACCUGCUCAUCCGCAUCUUUGGCACGCUGGAGAUCACAGAUAUCUUCAGCUCUGGCGUGGUUUGCCGCUCCUGGCAUGCCAGCUAUCUAGAGGCUCGCCGCCUCGGAAUUUGCUCCAAUAACCCCGGGCCGUGCCUUGUUUUCUCCUCUAGCGACCGUGAUCCUAGUGUUGCCACCCUGCACAGCCUCACCACAGGGAAGGACUACUAUGUUACCAUGCCGGAUCCUCCUUUCCGUACCCGCUAUAUAGUCGGGUCCUCGCAUGGCUGGCUUAUUACAGCCGACGAGCGGUCCAAUCUGCUCCUUGUCAAUCCUGCGACUCAGGCUCAGAUCGCCAUGCCGCCACCGGAAACAAUAGCGAAUGUCAAGAUACGUUGCAAUGGUGAGGGAAUGCUAGAUGGUUAUGAUCUUUUUACAAUGGAUAUGUCAUCACGAGAUUUUGAUGAUGAGGCAGAGCCCAUUGAUCUUUCCUGGGAAGAAGGCCGCUUUUACUUCUACAUGAGGGUUGUCCUGUCAGCAGAUCCAUCCAGUGGAAACUGCACUGUAAUGAUCCUGCAUUUGCUACAUAAUCUCCUUUCCUUUGCAAGGGUGGGUGCCACUCAUUGGACCUGGAUCAAUGUUAAUGAGCUAUGUUGGAACUAUCAUGAUGUUUUGUACAACGAUGAUGAUAGAUUGUUCUAUGCAAUCCGAGGCAAUGGUGAUGUUCAUGCUAUCAAUACAAAUGGACCCUCUCCAAUAUUAAGGGUUGUCUUAGACGCCAAGAACUCACUCAUCAAUUGUGCCAAGUACAUUGUUCUGUCAGAAUCAGGUGAUCUUCUUCAAGUAUGGAGGUAUUAUCACUAUGUUAAUAAUAACAAGGAGAGGAGGACCAGGGAAUUGGUUGUUUAUAAGGUUGAUCUUGUUGAACACAAGCUUGUUGAACUUAAGGAUAUUGAAGGCCAUGCAUUGUUUAUUGGUUUCAAUAGCUCCUUCCUACGAGUAGAAGAUUUCCCCAUGUUGACUCCAAACAGUGUCUACUGUACAGAUGAUACAGUUCAUUAUAUUUAUCAUUCAAGGUUUGGUUUUCGAGAGGUUAGUGCCUUCCAUUUGGAAGAUAGUAGUUUCACCGAUCUGCUACCUAUUGGUUCGCGGUUGAAUUGGCCUCCUCCUGUUUGGUUUAGGCCAUCAUAUUCUAAAGGUACACUGUGCCAUAAUUCUGCAGAUUGAGCAGUCACGAAUUGAGCAUAUGCUGAUCGCUGUACGGAUCAUGCUACUUCCUCUAUUUCAUAUUAUAAGACUUUCUAGCAUUGCCCACAUUCAUAUAUAUGUUAAUAAAUCUAGACAUAUAUAUGUACCUAGAUUCAUUAACAUCUAUAUGAAUGUGGACAAUGUUAGAAAGUCUUAUAACCUGAAAUGGAGGUAGUAUAAAAUAAUGUGUAAACAACGCAUGCCAAUGGCGCCUACAGCCUAACUUGUGUUACUGUCAUGUUCAGCAAUAAUCUAUUAAUCAUGCGUUUCAUA